CAUAAUCCCCCAUCCGUUCCCAUCUAUCGGGUUUCGAACACUUUGCCUAGACGGCCCUCAUACUGACCUGCUCGUGCUCGUGCUUGUGCGCGUGCCUACUUACCCAUACAUCUCAUCGUCCUGUCGUUGCUUGACGUCGGCUCGCUUUCGCUCACCGACCAACAUCCUCCGUUCUUCACACAUCCCCCCUUUCUUUCAUGUUGCACACUUCCUAAUCUCCUACAUGGCCGCCUCUUCUUCUGCUUCCUGUUCCUCUUGAUCAUGACUCUGACGCUGCCUAUCAUUGUGGCCCAGCGCGCUGCAGAAUCGCCCCGUGCAUUCUCCGUUGCAUAGACCCCGCUGCCAGACAGCUCACCCAGGACUUGCGGGCUAUUCUUUCGCCUUCUCCCUCGGAAUUUCUAGUCCUUCUGUACCACAUAUUGGUGGAUUCAGGACGUCUGUUUUGGCCCGAGGCGCGGUUAGUUGAAGUGGUAUCAAUGGAGAGGUUUCGCCGGUAUAAUUCGCCACCAGACAGCGCGCGGUCUGGGGUCUUACUCGUCGCUUCCAAGGACCCUACAAACUAUGGAUAUGAGAAUAGACCGUAUGCCGCUCGGAAAAGGCCGAGUAUUGGUCGCGCUGCCGAGAGCAUUCAAAUCAAGCUGCUUGCAUCGCUCAAGAGCGUGAGAAGUAGUAGUCACAGACAAGGCAAGACAAGUGCUUUCUUGACAGCAUUCUUCCGCCUACCAAAUGAAAUUCACAUCCAUAUACUCAACCUACUAUGUAUAUCAGACCUACUCGCCCUGCGGAGGACAUCACAUGCACUCAACGAACUCAUCGCAGCAUGUGGUCCAGCCAUCGUCCGCUUCUGGGUGAGAAGACGCCUGGGCUCACUCCACAUGAAACUCUACCCACCACCUGGACCGAAUGAAGCCCAACUCCAAUAUCUCCUGGCCAUGCGAAGACGACACAUCGCAUCGGUGCGACUGACACGGGAACUGGCCAACUUCGUACUCAAAGACACCUGCAAGCACGCCUCAUCGCUCAACCAGCGCCAACGCCAGCGCCAACACCAACUAUGGACAUCCGUCUACGAGACGUUGAUUCCCCUGGUCUUCGCAGUCGGCUACUUCCUCGAAGAGCAUCGGCGAGUCAUCCUCGAGCGCGACCUGGGCCGCAUCCGUCCCCGCUACCACAUCGGGUAUGAUAUAUGUUCGGCUCCCGGCAUCAUGGCGGAAGAGAGAGCCAUAUUCAGGAACCUUGACCAGCCUUUACGUCUGCAGUAUUUCUACAUGUACUGCUUCAUCCUGCAGGUGCUGACGCGGAAGUUGCAACCGCCCGCACCGGCAAUGCACGCAGGAGAGAGGAAGAAGAGACUGCUAGCACGAGGCUGCUGGACCGGCCAGCCGGCGUGCGACGAAGACAUAGCCUUCGUGCUGGUGCUCGGCGGGAUCAACCAGGUCGCCAAGUUGCUCGCAUGCCGGAACUACAGCGAGCGACGACGGCUACUGCACUCCUUCAUAACGCGGCUGUCGCCCCACGAGAGCAGCGCGUGGCGCUCGCACUGGCGCGACCUGGGCGUCUACUCGCCCGCCCUCCUCGACGACAUCCCGUGCUCGUCCAUCGGCAUCACCCAGCUCGACCAGAUCUGGCAGCCGCUCGUCACCGAGAUGAUGAGGCCCGAGAGCAGGGAGUUCACGGAGCACCAGAAGGCGCAGUACGGGGAGGUGCGCGCCUCGAAGAAGUACAUCAACGAACUCAUGGGAUACGACAUCUUGCGCGGGAGAUCCGCGUUCGGGGGCGACGAGUCGGACGGCGAAGAAGACGACGAGUGGGAGAACAAUGAUGUAAACGCAUAGUUGGAGGUGCUGUCAAUGUCGAGCAUUUGGAGAUUAUACUGCUCUGUUGGGGGAGUGGUUGAUUCUUGCCGACCGGUUCUUUCACAACUGCGAGCGACGAUGAUACGAUCUAGUGAACUGUUCAUUCGUAAAUACCACAUACCCUUGAUUACAAACGAUGAAUCCAAAGAUAGGAUAACAUCGCAAAUCCAAUAUUCCUGUAUCAUGAUUUCACACAUACGUACCCUUCUCCAGACCUUAAGCAAUGUACAUACUCCAGAGAUAAAAAGCGAACGUUAUAAAAUAGCAAACAAUCACUUAUGAAUCGAA